AUGAGUGACUUGGAAAAGGAAACUGUGACUGAACAACAACACUUGACCGAAUCAAAUAACGAUUCAACUCAAGCUGUCGAAGAUUCAACAGAAGUUGACAAGGAAUUAGAAGCCAUGAAACAACGUGUCAAGGAUAUGGAGGACGAGGCAGCUAAAUUACGUGAUAUGCAAGCCGAAGUGGAAAAGUCAAUGAACCCUGAAGAAGACAAGGAAGCAGUUGAUAACCGCUCCGUCUAUGUUGGCAACGUCGAUUAUGGAGCUUCACCUGAAGAACUUCAAGCACAUUUCCAAUCUUGCGGUACAAUCAACAGAGUCACAAUUUUAUGUGACAAGUUUACUGGACAUCCUAAAGGAUAUGCCUAUGUUGAGUUUGCAGAACCCAGUUUUGUCAAUGCGGCUGUUGCUUUAAAUGAAAGUUUAUUCCGUGCACGUUUAUUAAAGGUAACACCCAAGCGUACAAAUGUCCCCGGUUUCUCUGCGCGUGGUCGUGGAAGAGGUCGUGGCGGUGCUUUCCGUGGCGCUAUGGGCGCUCCUCCUUAUUAUGGCGGUCAUUCUCCCAUGUAUGGAUACCGUGGAAGAGGUGGACGUGGUAGAGGUGCUUAUUAUUCACCAUAUUAAUUCUGGAUUAACAACAACAUAAAUAUAUAUACACACAUAUACUAAAAA